AUGGAAAACGACUCAAACGCCAUAGGCAUCGAUAGACAAGCAGAACUGCCAGAACCGCUAACUUUGAAUGCUUCAUUUAAGCAAGCUUCUUCUUUAUACCCAUGUCCCCAUUGCAUUUUAUCCUUCGGGUCGCAUAGAGAGCUUGGGUAUCACAUUAAUGAAAAGUCUAUAGACAUGACAAAAAAAGAAGAGAAAGGAAUCGAAAACCAGCUGGACUCAAGCCUUGAUGAAUCAGAAAUAGAAUCAUCUGGAAGCAUGAAAUACGCAUGUGAAGAAUGCCAAAGAAGCUUUAUUUCUUAUAGAGGUCUCAAGCAGCAUAAUGGGAAAAUGCAUGACCUAGGGAAAAAGCCUUUCGCAUGUGACUAUUGUGGAAAAAAAUUUAAAAUAAAAUACGCACUGAGUACUCAUAUGAAAACCUGCAACCAAAUUAUUCGUAAGUAUCAAAAUGUCAAAUUCAGAUAG